AUGACGUUCAAGUCUCUCGGAUUGCUCUUCCUUGUUCUUGUCACCAUUGCAUCUCACGUAACCUCCAAACACAACCCAAUUCUAUCUCCUCAACGUCUCUAUGGAUGUCGUAAAGGCGACAACGUAGAAGGAAUCCACAACAUUAAAAAAUACCUUCAACGUUAUGGUUACUUAUCACACAACACUGAUUCCCAUAUCAUUGAACUCAACAGCAACAAGUUCGACGACUCCCUAGAAUCUGCCAUUAAAUUAUAUCAGAAAUGGUCUCACCUCAACGUAAGUGGGAUUCUAGACCAAGAAACAUUAGAUCAAAUGUUCCAACCACGAUGUGGCGUACGAGAUGUCUUCAAAUUUAACUCAAGUAAGAAUCUUGAGGAUGAUCUUGAAAUGUCAUCUCAUUACGCUUUAUUUCCAGGCAACCUAAAAUGGCCAGAUUACAAACGCCACCUAACCUACGUAUUUACCAACAAUUUCCCAAUUAACUUUGUGCCAUCAGUGACUGAGGCUAUGGCUCGAUGGGCAGCCCAUUCACUAUUCACAUUCUCAGAAGCUUCGGAUGCCCAAAGUGCUGACAUUAAUAUAAGCUUUCAAAUAAAGGAUCAUGCAGAUGGGAUGCCUUUUGAUGGACCUGGAGGAGUUGUGGGUCAUGCUUUUGCACCAAUUGAUGGAAGAUUACACUUAGAUGGCGACGAUAGUUGGUCGGCAGGGUUGGAAGAGAAGAAGGUUAAUGUGAUGAAUGCGGCACUUCAUGAGCUUGGGCAUGUUCUUGGUCUUGCCCAUAGCACCCUUCCACAAGCUGUCAUGUGGCCUUAUAUUGAAUCCAAUGCUUUAAAGAACUUGAAUGAUGAUGAUAUUGCGGGACUUCAUGCUUUGUACCCUUAA